ACAUCGCGUUCCUCAAAAAAAGUCCAUAAUUUUGGAAAGAGGUCAAAUUCAAUAAAAAGAAAUCCUAAUGCACCUGUCGUUAGGCGAGGCUGGCUGUAUAAACAGGAUAGUACUGGCAUGAAACUCUGGAAGAAGCGAUGGUUUGUUCUUUCUGAUCUCUGUCUCUUCUACUAUCGGGAUGAAAAAGAAGAAGGAAUAUUAGGGAGCAUACUUCUUCCAAGCUUUCAGAUAGCCAUGCUUUCUUCUGAAGAUCAUAUCAACCGCAAAUAUGCAUUUAAGGCAGCUCAUCCAAACAUGAGGACCUAUUAUUUCUGCACAGAUACAGGGAAGGAAAUGGAGUUAUGGAUGAAAGCCAUGAUAGAUGCAGCUCUUGUACAGACAGAGCCUGUGAAAAGAGCAGACAAGAUUACUUUUGAAAACACAGCACCUCGUGAAGUAAAUAACAUUGCAAACCAUCGAGAGCUAAUUAAACCAGAGACUCAGAAUAAUCAGCGGAACAGAGAAGUAAGCAAAAUGGAAGACAAGAAGGCUUUAGAAGCAGAAAAAUACGGAUUUCAGAAAGUUGGACGGGAUAGACCCUUGACAAAAAUCAACAGUGUAAAACUGAAUUCCUUGGGGUCAGAGUAUGGGACUUUGCCAGCAAGCACGAUCCCAUCAGGACACUACAGGCCAGUUCAUUUAAAUGGGUCAGAGAAAGCUGUGAACCUGAUUCUAGGAGAUUCUGGUGAUGGAAUCCAUCACAACGCCAUGCACUCACAUAUAGAAUCUGAACGUGUCAUCCAGAGAACUAAUUCAAUGUUACAGUUGGAGCAGUGGAUUAAAAUACAGAGAGGAAAAGGACAAGAUGAAGAAACAAGAGGGUGAGUAAUUUCAGAAUUCUGGAAUAUUUU